UGCUCAGUGUGGUUUUUGCCAAAAUGUUGUGUGAAAAUUGCAAUUUAUCAUUUUAAAUCGCAUCAGGUUAAUGUAUUGGUCUUAUUCUUAUGUAGUCGCUAAGUAAAUCGGUUAUUUCCGUAAUUUAACAUUUCUUUAACAAACGGCGAACAGGGUGUAUGAAAAAAAUAUUGAUGUAAUUUCUAAAUAUGAAAGUUUAUUAAUUCAUUUUUUAAUGAUUAGAUAUUUGCAGUGCAUGUGCGUUUCUUAAGAUAUAAUUUACAUGCGGCUUUAUACACGUUAACGGAGCAAAAUGUUUGUGAACAUACGAGCGUAUUCUGGGUAUCUCGAUUUAGCGUGAGAUGUAGUCGCAGAAGAAAAAUAACGAUAAACAAAACCAUGGGGUUCGAUAACCUGCCUCCUACACUUGUAAAAUUAUGUGCCGUAGUUGUAAGCAGAAAUAUGGACAUUCUAGAGCAUCAAGCCUGGGAUUUACCUGGAUCUCUAAUUGAACAGCUCUUGCCAUUCUUGAAUAUUUUUUACUUGGAGAGAAUUGAAAAUGCAGCAGUCCGGAAAGGCAUCUCCACAACAGCAGCAUGGUUUGCACUAUGGAUGGAAGUCAUAAGGAACAGACCAGUGGGAUGCACAUCAGACAGGGAUUGGAAGCAGAAGUUUCUGGAGAGUGCCUUUCAUAUAGCUUUGUCAGGCAACUCAAAAAUGGAACAUGAACGAACAAAGGACCCAAGAUUUUGUAUCUUGACAUUAGGAGCAAAAUAUGUAAAACAACUGACCUUCAAUAAUCGGCUUCAAGGAGCAGUGAAGCUGGCGAUGAACAAGUUUUCUCAUGUCCUACAGAUCUUGAAAGAGACUGUUUUAAACAUAAAGUUCCAGCGUUUGCGUCAGAAUCCAGAUAAGAAUGCUGUAAUAUCCCUGACAUAUGUUCUUCACAGUUUAAUCCAUCAUGGAAAUGUCCAGAGGUUGAUCAUUUCAGACUGCAGGAUUCCCAGCUGCUCAAUUUUGACUCGUAUACUCCAAAUCUGUGCUGGUUACUUGAGUGUGGAAGUGCAAGAUGAUCUUAACUGUUUUGUCUCCAAUUUUCAAAUGAGAGGUGUUGAGGAUAAAAUGGGAGGUUCAACUACAAGCCCUUCUCCAACUGUGAGAGAAAAUGAGUUGGCCUGCCCCUUAUCAUUAGAACAAGACACUUCCACAUGUAUGGCUCAGUCAUACAAGUGCAAUACAUUGCAUUUAAAUAGAAACAUUUGCUUUGAUAAUAAACGGAAAAGAACUUGGAAAGAUGUGAAAUGCCACAAAGAAUGUAAGCAACCAUGUCUAGAAACAAAGCAAACUAUAGUAAUCUCUGUUCAGGAGGAUCUCCAUACUUCUCUAGAAUCUUGUAAAAACUUGAAGGAAAACAUUAAAUGUACCACUUGCAAGGAUUUAUUCACUCAUACUCAGUCCAUUUCACAUACAAGUUCAUACCUGAGAUGCAUUUCUGCUCUUGAUCUUGAUUUGUCAAAUUACUCAGACUGCCUGAAGAUACAAUCACUUCUGCCAUCCUGGGUUGGUCUACAUUCAUUGGAAGUAUUUAGUAGCUGGCAUAUCAAUAAGCCUGAAUUACUCAAGUUUUUAGAAGCCCUGAGUUGCUUGUGCCAGUCUACUGAGUCUUUUCUCAGGGUAUUGUCUCUCUCUGGAAUAGCCUGCCCAAUAAGUCUAACAGCUUUGCUUAUACAACUGCUAAAACUGUGCCCGCGAUUGGAAAGUGUAUCUGUUGGCUUCAGUGUGGAGCAAGACCAAGAGGAGGAAUGUUCAAUGCUUCCACCUGCAAUCGUAGAAAACUCUUUAACUUCUUUAAAAGUGACUUUUCCAUUGGAGACUCUUCACUUGCAGAGCCUCUUGAGUGUAUUAAGGGGAUCUGGUAAUCUACAACGUCUACAUUUGACUGGGAUGAGGUUUAAAACCACACAGGAUGCUGGUGCGUUGCUUCUUUCUCUUGCAGAUUCUAACCCUGAAUUGUGUUGGCUUACACUUGAAGAUGUUAACCUGUCUGUCUGUCAAAAUGAAGUCCUCCACUUUCUGAAACAUACUGAUUUGAAGGGAGUUAACUUCACUGAGUGCCGGAUAUUUGAGAGGAACAAGGCUGAAUUUCUAAGCAAUUUUGUUGCUGUGGUUAAACAAAAAAAAUCUCUUGUUACUCUGCAAGUACCAGGAAACCGACUUGGCAACCAAGGGUUAGUUCUGCUAGCAGAUUUAUUUACCGGGGAUUCUGUCUCAGGAAUAAUCCAGUUGGACAUUAGUUCCAACUUCAUCCUUUCGGAUGGAUUGCUACAGUUCGGAAAAAUGCUGCAGAAAAGUCCACCCCAGUCUCACUUGAAACUUGAUUUGCGCCAUAAUCCACUGGACCGGGAUAUUGAGACAUCUAAGCAAGCCAUGGAACUACUAACAAGGCUGUGUAGUGUGGUGAUGAACUCUUGGAACUCUCAAGCAGCAUUUGCAGAUUAUAUAAGUGCAAUGUGAUUACCACAAAUCUAAGUCUCGAGUAUUUGUUUGCUAAUUUGGUCACAAAUUGUAUAUUACUAGGUAUAUUUUAUCUUACAUUCUUUAGAACUCAUGUGAAAUGUAUCUUGUAUUCUUCCCCAUUUCUUGACACAACACAAGAACAUUUUGUUCCAUUGUU